UUUACUAUUAGGCCCUUUGCUGAGUAUGAUAUUACUGCAAAUCGACUUGAGGCACGCCAGAGGAGAGACUGGAACUUCAACCUCUCAAAAGUUCGAGUAUGUAUUGAACAUGCUUUUGGAAGACUCAAAGGCUGCUUUCCCUGCCUCAGAAACCUUCCUGGUUAUGAUUUGGAGGCUAUGUGGAGAACAGUUGAAGCAUGCAUGAUUUUACACAAUAUUUUGCAAGGUAUUAGAGAUGAUCCUACAACAAUUGAAGGGUUC